AUGCGGAGCCGAGGUAGUGGAUCUCCCCGCAUCGACUACAUCGCCAAACUCGUUGGCAACUUGCUCUUCACUCCUUCUCUGACCGAUUCUCGAACUACCCACAGUAUAGCCAGCAUGCUCAUAAUUGGGCUCACUGGCUCUAUAGCCACGGGUAAAUCCACCGUGUCCUCCCUCCUCUCCUCCCCGCCCUACGCCCUCCCUAUCAUCGACGCCGACAUCCUCGCCCGCAAGGUCGUCGAGCCCGGCACGCCUGGCUACAAAGCUAUCGUGAACUACUUCGGUCCAACGACCCCAGACCUCCUUCUCGAAGACUCUGUCAAUGCCUCGCUCCAAGGCAAGCCCCUCAACAGACCCGCUCUCGGCCGGCGCGUCUUCGGCGACUCCGACGAGCGCAAACGCGAUCGCCAGGUCCUCAACCGCAUCAUUCACCCUGCCGUACGCUGGGAAGUCUACAAGGCCCUGAUUUAUCACUACCUUCGUGGCCAGUGGGCCGUCGUCCUCGACGUGCCACUCCUCUUCGAGAGCGGCAUGGACCUCAUCUGCGGGACGGUCAUCGUGGUUGGUGUGCACGACCCCGCUGUCCAAAUGGCCCGACUGCGCGCCCGCGACGCCCACCUUACCGCCGAAGAUGCCGAGAACAGAGUACGCAGCCAAGGCGACGUGCGCAUGAAGGCUGUGCAAGCGGAGUUCCGCGGGACGACAACGGCGCGGGGCGUCGUGGUCUGGAACGAUUCUGACAAGGCGGAGCUGGAGCGUGCGGUCAAGGGAGCUAUGGCCAGUAUCGCGGCAUCGAGUCCACGGUGGUGGGCGUGGGGACUACUCAUCAUACCCCCGGUUGGGUUUGGGGUUGCGGCGUGGAACUUGGUCCUCAACUUUGCGACGCAGAAGGGGUGGGAGAAGAAGAAGCGCGAUGAGAAGGCGCGAUUAUGA